ACAACCACAUACAAACGAAGGGUCAAAAAAAAAAGAAUUAAAAAUAGAUCACUGGUGUACUCGUAUAUAAGCUAAGAGUAUAGGCAAUAUAUGGGGAAACGAAAUUUCGAGGGAUGCUGGACAUGUAGGUCUCGAAAAGUGAGGUGUGGUCUAGAGAAACCGAGGUGCCAACGCUGUGUCAAGGCCAAUCUUGAAUGCGGGGGUUACGAUAUCAAACUCGGAUGGUCUGAACCAUUGACAGUGGAUCGAUACAACCGUAUGGCCACCCUCCUGAUGGGGGACAAUCCCGACAGUAAGCAAUCGGGCUUCCUACGGCGUCACAUUCAGGUGGUGCAAUUCCCGUCUCAUAUGGCUUAUUCGACCUUUUCCCAGGUUGAACUGGCCAUUCAAAGAAUCGAUAUCUGGGUUGAGACUAAGCUUGGGAGGGAAAAUAUCAACCGUUACUAUAAGCAAGGACCAUUCUCGGUAUUCCAAUUCAAAAAUAAAGGGUCCCAAUCUGAAAUCAGAUCAUCUCGAUCCAGGCAACCUUCAACAGAACUAAAGUUACUCCCAACAAAGAAAUAUACACCUAUUCGACUGAAUCUGGAACUGGUGCUUCUGUCACUAGACAAGAACCAGGACCAACCAUCAGAAAACUCUAUCUUUUCCAAAACUAACAAUUCGUGGGUUCACUACGAAUUGUUGGAUUAUGCCAAAUUAACCAUUGUAGCGAUAAAGGGAGUCAAUUAUCACCUUGGUGAACAAAAUAUGUUGCACAUAUUGUACCCAAAAUUCUUCCCCAACAUUGAUUCUGAUGACUGGGAUGCAGACAUGAACGUCCUUAACAAGUUGUUUGUGUUUUCCAAGUUCAAGGAAGUAACAGUGUUCCCCUUGUUCAACAAGCUUCUCAAUACCUUCAAAUUGAAUGUGUCAUCAUUCUUGAGGGUAUAUUAUAGUACAAACUAUUGGGAAAAGAUCCUAAUACCAUUUAUAUACAAAAUAUUUGGGGAAUUCAUAUAUUUAGACUUCAAAUCUAACAUAAAGGUCACUGAAGAUGAUUCAAUGACAAACAAAAUAAAUCAUACUAAACUGUGUAUUGUGUAUUCAGUUUUAUGUCUUGCAUCGGUACAGAUCUCCAACUGUACCAAAAAUGAGAAUGACAGUGUCAAUAAUUUGAAUUCGUUUGAAUUGGAUGAGUUUUUAAGGCUUAGUAUUGAGUUACGGAAACUUACCAUUACCAUUUUAAAUUCUCAUUUAGAUGAAUAUGGAGAUGAAGAUGAAGAUGACACUCAUACUAGAGUCAAUGCUUCAAAUGAUUUGGAGUUUGAAUACUCGGAAUUACUCCUUCUUGGAAUUGUUCUCCAAAUACAAAUCGAUACCUUUUUCAGUGUAUUUGAAAAUUACGAUUAUUUAUAUGGUAUUGGUGAAGAUCUCAUCAAGUCAAAGUUUUUGAAAAGAGAAAACAUUCUGACUCUUUCGCUCUAUCUCAUGAGUAUAUUCAAGUACCAUCACACCUUCUAUAUGUCCACACAGGCCAUAACUACAUUCAAUUACACGAUGGAUGAUGAAGAUACCAAGCAAACGUAUAGAGACAUAUAUGACGGGUAUAACCUACUUCCAGGUGAAGAUGUAGACUCUGAUGAAUACGAAGAAUCCACAGAUGAUGCUACUACCGAUAGAACUGACAAUUCUUCCGAGAAACCUGUUCAUAGAAGCAUUCAAAUAAAACCAACCAUAUCGAAUCUAAUUACUCGUGAAGAUGACUUGGAAGAUAGUGAGCCUGAUCAGAGUCCAAUUUCAUUCACAAUAAAUUUUUCUGGUAAUAGAAAGAGAAGAAAAGUUAUCCCAAAAUCGUCUUCGCAACCACCAGAAAAUGUAGCAUAUAUUCCCAACCCAAUGGAAAUGGGUUAUAAUCAUUUCAAUAGUGAACUAGUGUAUCUUCUGAUUGGAAUCCCACAAGAUUUGAUCGACUUAUUCUAUAACAUAGUGCAGUUGACUAAUCAUAAAAAUACCUUCAAAAGAAGAAAGGUUUUCCCAAGAAAUUUCCCUAAAAUCUGUGCAGAUAUUGAAGAUAAAUUACUUUCAUGGGACUUUUCUGACCAUUGGAUCUUAUUUUCUGGUGAUCAUAAGUCUGGAAACUUCAUUCUGGAUUUCCAUAGAGGGUUGUAUCAUAACAUUAAAUCAUUCCAUAAUUCAUUGAUCGUCUACUUUAACCAGCUUAUAAAGAAUCUGCCACCCACGGCUUUCCAGAAUAAUAUCGAAAGUACUUUGGAUCAUUUGAAAGAAUUGGAUUUACUAAAUCGUAGUAACAGUCAGUAUAGGUUCAGACCUUCAUUUUGGCAAAUUCUUAUCUGUGCUUCGGAUGCAUUAGAUCCAAAGAUCAGAAAACAAUUUCAAGAAUUUUGGCUAAAUAGUGAUGCUUGUGGAGUUUCAAACUAUUGGCGUGCAAAGCAAAUUAUUUACGAGGUUUGGAAACGUAGAGAUGAUGGAGAAACUAUGACUUGGAUGGAUAUGAUUCGAGAGUGGGAAGUAGUUUUGUCAUUGGCAUAAAAGAGCCACUUGUUGACCGAGUUGCUGUAUAUAUUCUUACAUACAAAUAUUAUAUUUAUUGGUAGUCACACAAACUAUUUAU